AUGGCAUCCUCAUCAUCAAAACGUCCCUGGGCAUUGGAAGCCCGUUCUAACACCUUCUUCAUUCUCUCCACGGUAGCCGUUGGCAUGUUUACCGAUUUAUUUUUAUACGGACUCAUUGUGCCCAUCUUACCCUUUAUUCUUUCUGAUCGAAUAGGGGUUGAACAAUCGGAAAUUCAAUACUAUACUUCUGUUCUUCUUGCCUGUUAUGCAGGAGCAUCCGUAUUAUUUUCAUUUCCGGCUGGAUAUAUCGCCGAUCGUUUAUCCUCUCGUCAACUCCCAUUCCUAGUAGGCUUAGUAGCUCUAUUAGCGAGUACGGUGCUCCUAAUGCUAGGAACGAGUAUAGAGGUCUUGAUAAUCGCGAGAAUUUUCCAGGGUAUUUCAGGAGCAACAGUUUGGACAAUUGGAUUGGCGCUGGUGAUGGAUACGGUUGGAAGUGAGAAAUUGGGAGUCACGAUUGGAACUAUUUUCAGUUUCAUCAGCACGGGGGAAUUGGUGGCGCCGGUGUUGGGAGGAGUGGUUUAUGACAAGGUGGGAAGUAAUGCAGUUUUUGGGAUGGGAAUUGCGCUCCUAGGGGUGGAUUUUGGAAUGAGAGUGGCGGUUAUUGAGAAGAAGGUUGCGAGGAAGUGGGGUGUUGGGGAGGGACUGGACGGAAGUGAACAAGGAGGGGCGAGUGAGAGUGGAAAUGGAAAUGGAAAUGAAGAAGAGGCGCCAUUGCUCGGCAAUGGAAAAGAUUCAAAUCUUGACUCUUGGAAAAUUCGCAAAGAACUCCCAAAUUUUGUCAGAAAGUUCCCCGUUCUUUAUCUUCUCUCGUCUCCCCGCCUCCUUACAGCAGAAUUAGUAGCUUUCAUGCAAGCAACUAUUCUUGCAGUUUUCGACGCCACUAUUCCCACACAAUCACAAUCGCUCUUUGGAUUUACAGCUUUACAAACUGGACUAUUAUUUACCCCUAUUGUUCUCACCUCUCUCAUCUUCGGCCCGUUAGCUGGAAUGGGAGUUGAUAGAUACGGACCCAAGAUCAUUGGAACAAUUGGGUACACAUUUUUUAUCCUACCUCUGGUCCUCCUCCGUCUUCCCGUUUCAAAUACAACGCACGAUUUAGUUCUUUACUGUGUUCUCUUAUCACUCUGUGGAUUUGGGAUGGCGCUGAUUGGAGCACCAAGUAUUGUGGAAGCAUCUUACGUUGCGGAGAGAUAUCAUAAUGCUAAUCCAGAGUUGUUUGGGGAGGAGGGACCAUAUGCACAAUUGUAUGCGUUGAAUAGUAUGGUUUUCAGUGCGGGAUUCACUGUUGGACCCGUGAUGGCGGGGAGUUUGAGAGAGGGAAUUGGGUAUGGGAAUAUGAAUGCAGUGGUGGCCGGCAUGUGUGCUGUUGUGGCUGCAUUGUGUUUUGGAUAUCUGGGAGGUGUACCUAGAUGUAGGGUUUCCGUCGCGAGUGACGAUGAUUCAACUAUCAAAGUCGCGCCCAAGAGAGAACGAGGAGGAGGCGAUAAGUUAUUAGGCAAUAUCAAAUUAAAGAAACAACCUCCGAAGCACAAUAAGCCUGGCAAUUGGAGAGAAGGAAGUAUUAUCGAUGUCGACGAGAAGAAGAAAGGAACAGAUACAUCAGGCGCAGAUUCGAUUCCGAGUCCUGGUCCUGUAGUUAAUAUGCUGGAUGAUGCCGCGCUGGAAACAUUUGCUACAGGAAGACCUUUAGAAGAUGAUCCCGAUUUACAAGUGUGUAAGCAUUGCAAGAAGAGUGUAUUGAAGACCGCAACAGUUUCGCAUGUAAAAGCAUGUUUGAAUGCGAAGAGAGUCAAAUUAUUGAAGAAGAAGGAAGCGAAAGAAGCUAGGGAUAAGGUCAAAAAGAAAUUGGCAAAUAAAGAUGUUGAUGGAGAUGGAGAUACGAAAAUGGGGAGUGAUGAUGAUGACGAUGACGAGGAGAAGGGCCCGGGUGGCUUCAAGAGUUCGAAGAAGAGCGCGGGUAAAAAUAAUGGGGAUGCGAAGGGGAAGAAGAGAAAGGCAGAUGGCGAGGGAGAAAAGGGUCCAAAACAGAAGAAGAAGAAGGAAGAGCCAAAACCAAAGGCUCCGAAACCAAAAGGUCCGGUCGAUGUAGAACGCCAAUGUGGAGUCCUGAAAGAUGGAGUUCCUUGCGCCCGCUCCUUAACCUGCAAAUCGCAUUCUAUGGGAGCUAAAAGAGCUGUUCCUGGUCGUACCUUACCUUACGAUAUGCUACUUUCGCAGUACCAGAAGAAAAACCAAGCCAAACAACAAAAAGCAGCAAUCGACGCCAAUGCCCCUCUUGAAGACGAAGAACUUCUCAAUGGCCCUAUCGACUCUGACGAAGAACUCCUCGCUGUUCAAUCUGGUCUCGCAAAUUGGAAUCCACAACCUUUAGUCCCACCACUCAUACAAUAUCCAAUCCAGUAUCGAUACAGAGAUGAGAGAUUAUGGGAACAAUUACAUAAUGCUACAAAUGGAUUUACAUUAAAUAUAUGUAAGGUAGUCCAGAAAGCGACACCGGCGAUGGAGAACGGAGAGGAUGCUGUAGGAGAUGAAAUAAUGGGGGAAUGGGAGAGGGUCCGAAUGAGAAUGGAACUGGGGAAAUGGGCUUGCCGGGUAGAAGACAAAGUGGAUUUUCGUUGCAGAGUGCUCCGCAGAGGAAACAAAGUAUGGCUGCACGAGUAUGAGUUUGCUUUACGGGAUUUGUGA